AUGUGGUAUGAUAAUGAGCGAAUUCCAGAGGAAGAAGGAGUGAGCAAAUUGUUAAUUGGGAAAACGUUUGCUUAUUUCCCUAAAUGUGUAACAGAGCAUAAUGAUAAAAAGGAUGUAAGUGUGUCAUAUAAAUUGGAUGAAAGCAGUAGAAGUGAAAAUAGCAGUCAUCAUAGUAGUAAUAAUUUAAUUUUGAACAUAAAUAGGGAAAGUAUUAGUAGUCGAAAAGAUACUAAUAAUAAUGGUAUUUAUGGAAAAAGUUUAAAAGAUUUGAAAAGUAAUGAUUUUAUAGAAAAUAUUGAUAAUAUAAUAUUUGAAAAUAAAGAAUAUUCAUUAAUUCCUCAAAGACUUGGCAGAACAAUAAUUCCAUUAAAUCCUAAAUUAUUAGCACAAUCAACUUUUGAUAAUGAAAAUAUAGAUGAAUAUUUAAGUGAAAUACAUAAAGACGUACAUAAAUAUUCGAUUUUAACUGAAUAUUCAUUUUUAUUAAAUGAAAUACCACACGGUUUUUAUUGUUUACCUCAAGCGGAUGAUUUAUUUACUUGGGAUGCAUUUAUAAUGCUAUACAGCACUAUGUAUAAAAAUGGUAAAUUUCGAAUUCAAAUAAAAUUAAGUGAAAAUCAUCCACAUACUGUCCCAGAAGUUUAUUUCUUAACCCCCAUAUAUCAUCCACUAGUUAAUCCUAAAAAUGGGAAAUUAAAUUUGGGGCCUGAAUUAAACAAUUGGUCAGCAACUAGACAUUAUAUAUCUCUCAUUUUUUUAUAUAUAAAAAAUAUUUUUUAUUUAACUGAUGUAUAUAAUGAUGAUAUAAUUCAAAAUGAAGAAGCAUAUUAUUUAUUAAAUAAUGAUAAAGAAGCAUUUCAUAAAAAUGUUGAAAAGUGUGUACAACAAUCUAAUGAUCUUCUUUAUAAUAAAAUUGACAAUUUUAUGUUUAAUUUUACUACUAAUAUAGAAAAUAAGAAAAUAUUAAAUAAGUUAGAAGAUAUCAAACAAGAUCAAUUGUGUGUAAAAAAGGCAGAAGCCUUUAUACACUGGUUUGUAAAUGAUUUCUAUGAUAGUUCUACUACUGAUGGAUAUGACAGUGGAAAUCCUUCUAUUCGAUAUGCUAGUAGUCAGGAAAGUGCAGAUAAAAGUGGCAUUUCUAGCAUGUCCAUUGAUAAAGAAGGUAGUAAUGACAAUGACCCAAGUACAGAAAGUAAUAAUGGCAAUGACACUAUUAAAGAAAUUUAA